GGGCGGAGCCUGGCGGUGCAGAGCCGGGGCAGCCAGGCAGAGCGUCUCUCGCUGCGGCUGUGCUCACUUCUUUUGUCGGUCGCGUUGCUCCUCUGCGCCUUUUUUUUUCCCCCGUCAGUCUCGCUCGAGAAUACAAAGGAGAUAAAGAAGACGGAGCAUGAGAGCGACGAGGGGCAGAGCAGAGGGAGAGCAGCGAACCAGGUCCGGCCGCGGAUUCUCUUUCUAGUCCCGGCUUGCUUUAUCCGGGCUGGAGCCUUUCGUCCGAUGUGCGCACUGGAUUUUGACCGCCAGAGAGUGUCGCGAACGGGGGGAGAGGGUUGGACUUUGCCGUGCAGGACCGUCCGGGUGUAGCGCGACGACAUGGACCAAACUUUGCACAUCCUCCAGAAAUCCGCGGACCGGGUGCCGGCCGGGAUCCCCCUGGACGUGAGCCUCAACAUGGACGCAGGGGGGGACUUCGCGGAGCAGCCCAUCGUGGGGCUCUCGGACAAAAUCCCGCUGGUGAAACCCUAUUUUCGCAAGAAGCCGAGGAAGCUGGACCCCAAAUGCAUCCACCGCGCCCUGGACCCGAUCCUCACCAGCCUGCUGAGCACCGACACGCUGGUGUCCGGGGACGGGGUGUUCGUCCCCCGGAGCCAGCCGGGCAGGACUCCGGGCACGCUGUGCGCCGCGGCGGUGGUGAAGCAGGGCUGCGUGGGCCAGGUGUGCCUCAAGGACCCGGGGGCCGCCGAGGACGCCACGGCCGCCGCCGGGGUCCAGGGCUUGAUGAGCCGGGACGUGGACGUGGACAUGGCCGACGCUACCGCGGAGCUGGAGGAGACGGAGGGACAACAGCGGAAGGCCGGCGGCGCGGACCCCGUCACGCCCCCUGAGAGGGACACGCCCCCCGCCGGUGCGCCGCAGGUGCCCCGCCAGGAGGGGACCGCCGUCAAGAGCGCGGACCUCCUGGCCUCCGGCGCCGGAAGCGCUCCGGCGAAGGAUCCCUCCGCCGCGCGGGACCCGCAGCCCCUGCAGCCGGACAAAGGCGUGCUGUUUCAGAACAAAAGCGAGGAGGCCUCCCUGGACCUGGUGUUCGAGCUGCUCACCCAGCUCCAGUACCACACGCACCAGGCGGACUCCGUGGACAUCUGCGUGGACUUCCUGCAGGGACGGUGCGUCUUCGGCAACGACUGCGCCCACCACCACACCGUCCUGCCCUACCACUGGCAGAUCCGCAGGAGCGGCGCCCAGACGUGGCAGAGCAUGGCGGACGAGGCCCAGGAGCAGCUGGAGAGACUCUACUGCAACCCGGACCAGGAGCAAGUCAGGCUCAAGUACCAGGGCCGGGUGUUCCUGCUGGAGUUCGCCACCAUGCGAGUGUGCGACCUGGAGUUCGACUGCGUCCGGCGGCUGACCACGCCCCCCUGCCCUCUCCCCGUCCCCGCCGCCAACCCCAACGCCGCCCCCAGCUGUCACACGCUGUGGAAGUACUACUGCAGAGAUAACUUCGGCUGGAGGGAGUACUCCGAGCCGGUGGUGAAGCUCAUCGAAGAGGCCAGUUCGAGGGGUCUGAAGGAGGUGCGCUUCAUCACGCUGCAGAACCAGUACAUCCUCAACAUCAAGGAGGGCUUCCAGCAGAACGCCGUCUUCGGCUUCAGGCGGCAGAUCAAGAAGCGGCCCAUGUUCAUGUCGUCCGUCAUCCUGACCCCGCACCUCCAGACUUUGGGCGGCCUCUCUUUACCCGCUCUCCCCUCCCCGUCCGCGCCGGCGCCCCUGGACGCCUCGCCGCCGCUCCCCCUCUCGCCGACGUCCACCAACCCGCCCAGCCUGUUCCCCGAGACGUGGCUGCCGAUGCCCAUGAGCCAGGACUUCCUGCGGGUGCCCGUGUCCCGCGAGGACCGCAGCUACAGGACGGUGUACAGCCUGUUCCACAAGACGGUGUCGGAAACCAAGUUCAGGAUCAUCAAGAUCCAGCGCGUCCAGAACCCCUUCCUCUGGGAGAAGUACAAGAGGAAGAAGGAGUACAUGUCGCGGCGCAUGUCGGAGAUGGACCGGCUGCUGAGCGAGCGCCACCUCUUCCACGGCACCUCCGCCGACGUGGUGGAGGGCAUCUGCAAGCACAACUUUGACCCGCGGGUGUGCGGCAAGCACGCCACCAUGUUCGGCCAGGGCUCCUACUUCGCUCGCAGGGCCUUCUACUCCCACAACUUCUCCAAGCGCUCACCCAAAGGAGUCCACUGCAUGUUCCUGGCUAAAGUCCUCACUGGCAGGUUCACCGUAGGAAACUCCUCCAUGCGCAGGCCUCCACCCAUCAACCCCCGGGACCCCUCUAGUGACCUUUAUGACUCCUGUGUGGACAACUGGAUGGACCCCCAGAUCUAUGUCAUUUUUAACGACGACCAGAGCUACCCGUACUUUAUCAUUCACUACGAGGAGGUACCCAACACCGUCGCCAUAUAAGGCCUGCAUCAGGACUUUUUUGGUGUCUGUACUGGCAAAAUACUUGAGUCGCAGUCUGCACGUGCUCCGUUAAGGCGACCGGCGGACCGGGGUUUCGUGAAGUCGCUAAAGAGACGCAUUAAAAACCAAAUGAUCCACGCCAGCUCUUUUUGGAGUAGCACGGUCCGGCGCCGCGCACCUGGUACUUCACACACGUGAACGCAGGCUACGUCGACCGGAUUCAGGCGGACCGGACCGGCGUCCGACCAGAUUAAACUGGACUAAACUGGAUUGGCGGGGGGGCGUUGAGACCUGAGUGGACUCGACGAAUCAGGAUCCCGCGGACGUUCGUCACCGAGCCAAAGCA